AUGGUUCCCUCAGUCACUCCACCAAUUCCAAUGUCAAUCCCACCUGUCGCUGCUUCAUCGCCCCUAGCUGCCUCUACUCAUCCAGGCCGUCGACCUAAAACCACAGCAAGGAAGAAUGUCCUUGCCUUUCCAUGUCCUGAGGGAUCUCCAUUAAUUGGGGCCUCUAGUAAAGGCGUGACCUUUCCUGACCUCAAUGUGCAGCAAAACCUACCCUCGGCGGUUCCAUUCACCUCACCCGAAGGUCCUGCCAAACAGAAGCCCUCUUCGACCCCAAGCCCUCCACAGUCUGUCUCCACAGAAGUCAAGACCAAUCCAUCUGCUCAAGACUCUGAGUCUUCAUUGUCUCCUCAUGUAUUGACACUUAAGGCAAAGGGCAAGCGUAAAUCCAAAGUCGCUAGCCCAAAGCUGACCAAGAAGGCCAAAGUAGCCCAGGCGAAAGGUACUAGCUCCAUCUCUGAUUCCACUCCCUUAUCCAAAUUCAAAAUGAAGGCAAAAAUUAAUCCUCCUACUUGCACCUCCUCGGAGGAUGUCUCUCCUGAAACUGAAGAUUCAUUACCUAAGCUAGACCAAUCUCUGACUGAGUUGAUUCAUGAAGAACCACAAGAAGAUCCUCUUCUUGAAGAUUCGGAGGAGGAGACAAAAUCUGAAGAAGACUCAUCAGAAACCACUCAUGUUGCCUCUGAUCCCAAAGGCAAAAAGCCAUUGGCUUUUCCUGAAUUGUCUACCAAAAGCACCAAACCCAAAGGUGCCCCAAUUCACUCUUCAGGUUCCUCUUUCAAAGCUCAUUAUCUUACUUUCUGUGUGUUAAUGGUUUAUGUUAGCGGUCAUUGGUAUAAGUUUAGUCCUGCUGAAAUUGAGAUUGAUGAUUCCAUUGAAUUUGCAAAGGAUCAAGUUUUGUCUGAAUUAGUUGGUCAAUCUAUGGUGUGGGAACCAAGUGCAUCUCUCAGAGUCUCGGACCUUACACACUACUAUUGUGCUCUUUUCAAGUUUUCCAUGUUCAAUUGGCUUCCCACCACUCACUUCUCGAACAUCACCCAAGAUAUGGCCUUCCUACUGUUUAAAAUUGGGAUUGGUAUCACUGUUGAUCUUCCUUUUGCUAUCUUUGAUCAGAUAGUGUCCUUGAGUGGUGAAAAGUGCAAAGGUCAACACUUGAUGUUUCCUCAAGUCAUUUACAAGUUGUUGGACUCUCAACAACCUUUGACGAAGUCUUAUGAGACCUUGAUUCCUCCUUUGAUUGGUCCCACCUACACUGUCAAAGAAGUCAAAGAUGAUAAUGCUCCUACCACAGUUAGAAAGGUCAAGGGCAUUAACUUGGCAGGUUCUGGGUCUGGAGAUGUCGAGCCUGACUCCCCUGCUCUUCAAACUACUCUUACUUCUAUCUAG